UUUCAGGAUCCCAACGACAAGCACAACCUCCUGACGGCCCUCCGGUCCCGCAAGGACUUCCCUGAAAUUGUGGUUCAGGUGGACAGCCUCCUGAACCUGCGGCCGGGCGGCAUCGGUGAGGUUGCCCCGUUCGACCUCGUAAUCCUGGACGAGGUGGCAAGCAUCCUCGCGCACCUCUCCGCGGCAACCUUGAGGAACGGCAUGGAGACCAGUGAGCUGUUCCUGGAAAUUGUCCAGCGGGCGAAGCGCGUGUUGGCCAUGGACGACGGGUACGGGCAGCGGGAGCACGACUUUUUUCGACUCGCGAACGUGCCUGGGAAGCUCGUCGUCAACACAAGAAGGGCAGCGGUGCCUCUGACGUUCCGCAUCGGUCCGGACGAGAAGACUUGGCUGGACCGAAUAGUCGCUGACCUCGCAGCCGGCAAGAACGUGGUCGUCGUCAGCAUGUCCGCGAAGGUCCUGGACCGCAUCCGGGACCAAGUCAUGUCGCGGCACUCGCUCGUGCUUGCAGACACAGAGAUCCUCAUCCAUAAGGCCUUGAGCGGCGGCGAAACGACGGCUCUCCUGAAAAACGUUGCAGAAAACUGGAAGGUUCGCUUGCUCAUGUACAGCCCCACUGUCGAGGCAGGGGUAAAUUUCGACGUUCCCUGGUUCCACACCAAGUUCCUCUACAUGUGCAAGAAGAGCACGACGGCUCGGGCAGCCUGGCAGGCGACGCUGCGGGUGCGGAAAACGGAGAGCGCGCUGGUCCACUGCUUCGUUCAGUCGUCCAUCUCCGUGAUGCUGGACUGUGCGCAAGAGGUACCGGCCGCGCGACUCUGCGCCCCGAAACAGCAGGGAACGACGGCUAUGGCACCGCAUGCAUCGGACGCGGCCGACGAGUCUGCUUUGCAGCAUGCUGAUGGCGACCGUCUGGACCAGCAAGUGGCUGUCGAUUCCCCUCUCAAUCGGGCGUCCGGUUCCCAGUCUGGCGUGGGGGCCUCCUGUGGCCAACAUUCUGAGCGACUCAAGGGAUUCUUCGGCCCCCCACGGCGCGUGACCACGGCGGAGACGCUGCAGUUUCUGCAAGCUUGCAUGAGCGAAAUUAUUGGGGCGAGGGCGAUCGAUGCGGCGGAGUAUGAGGAGUUGAGGAAAUUGAGAGAUGUGAAGAGGGACAGGGGGGCGCAGAGUGUCGAGGUGAUGAGGUACGAGGCCUGCCAGUACUACGGCCUGAAGGACCUUGACGAGCACUUCUUCAAGGAAACGGAGGCCGAGUACAAGCCCCCGUUCUCAAAGAAGCUCGACUUUCUCCUAAAGGUGCUACUUCCGGGGCGGUUCCUCGAUGAGGGGGCGGUGGCUCGCCAGAGCCACGUUCCCAAAAUGGCGGAGACCGCGCGGGGGCUGCUCAAGGACCUGGGCCUGGCGCACCCUUUCGACGUGGGCGGUGAAACGCGCUCGCUGCUCGCAGGUGGACUCAAAGCCAGGCUCCUGAAAUCGGAGCUGUUCAGAGGCUGUCCUAAGCAGGUCGGUGCAAAAUCCGCGAUGUCGGAGCGGCCCGUUUCCGAGAUGUUCCAGAUUCAGUUGCCAGCACCCAGAACGGGGAAGGCUGAACUCGAUCCAGUUCAAUUGAAGGGGGUGAUAAACGGAGUGCUGGAACACAUGGGCCUGAAGGUGGGGAAGGGGAUCGAGGUGCGCCGCCCGCGACGAGGGAAGGGGAAGCAGUACGAGUCGGGGUCCGGAAAGAGCGACUACAAGUACAAGCUAGAUCGGAAGAGCGUUCUCAGGAUGGCAAAGCUCGUCAAGCUGCAGUUCCGUGAAGUCCCUCGUGUUUGGCAGCAUCGGGGAGAGCUAGAGCCUGCGGUCAGAGGGUUUCUCAACGAGGUAGAUGCGAGCGAUCUUGAUCAUUUAUUGCGUAGGCCGUCUGGUUACCCUUUGCUAGAGGAUCUAAGCUCGCCCGCAGGCAAGGACGAUUCUGAGGAAUGUAUGAUUGUGGUUCGUCAGUUAGCAAGCUAGGGAGUAAUCUGGUCGUAAUGUGUUGAAGUUCUUAAGUGUAUGGAAUGUGGAGGUUGAAUGCGAAUGAGCUUGGCACAUAGUUGGCCCGAGAUUGCCUAAUCGGUUCAAGAUAACUACGCGCUACAUGAAGUAUUACUGGACAGUGACCCUUAAGGCAUGAUGUUCAUUACGUCAGCGAGGAGGAAGACAACGAGUCUUUGAUAUUGAAGAUCAAAU